UUGUAUGUUUUCCUAAUUUGUAGCUUCUAUGCCCAAACAAUUCACCACUCUGGUAGCAGUGGCUAUACGAUCCCAACGAGAAAGCAACGUUGAAAUAAGAAUGAGAUACCCUCAUACAGAUGAAUAUGUUCUUGAUAUCUCCGUAAACAAUGAAUAUCUACACUUUAAUGACGAAAAUGGAUAUGCUCAAAUUCACAGACACGUAGCAAUUAUUGAUAAUAGUCGCAAAGGUAAACAAGACAAUUUCACUAUUCUAACCAGUUCCGGCGUUGGAGUUCGAGUGUCUGUAAAAUAUGAUAUGAUGCAAUUGGUUGUAGUCACACCGCCAAACCUUAAAAAUAAAGUUAAUGGGUUGCUGGGAUCCUGGAAUGAUAAACCCACAGAUGAUCAACCACAAAAUAUUACUUACUGGGCCGUUCUGGACAGAACCAACAGCUUGUUUAGACAUUUCAGGACACGUGACACAUCAUUUGUAGGAGGUAGUUUGGCUAAUGUAACCUAUCCAACUGACGCAGAAGCUAUAUGUGGUCAUGAACGUUUUAGUGAAUUUUGCAAAUACGAUUAUGCUGUUACGGGAGAUAGAAAUACGGCACAUAACAGUAAGAAUAUUGCCCGGUUAUACGAAUACCUUACAAAAAGCCAGAAAACACGAAAUUCAUGUGGCCAUCUUGAUGUAGACAAUGCCCUUAUCGACAAUUUCAACUACACUGUAGGGAGUAAGGUGAUGAUAACAGGAUGCAAGAAGUCUUAUUUUUUUAAAGGUCAUGAUACGUAUAAAUGUGAAAUAAAAUCUGAAAAUUCUCUUCCGGAAUGGAAUCCAGGAGUUGACGCUAAAUGUCUUCAUCGAGAACAAGAAAUAGCACAGAUGGCAUUAAUAAUAGGCGUUAUUGUUGGCGUUGUGGUAUUAAUAGCUUUGAUAAUUGGAAUUGCCUGUUUUAUCAAAAGGAGGUCUUCAAAGAAAGAAAAACCGUAAGUAGAUAAUUUCAUUU